AUUGUCCUGGACUGGAAGGGGGGGAAAGUGUUCAGACUGGAAGGGGGUGAAAGUGUUCCGAACUGGAAGGGGGGGAAAGUGUCCGGACUGGAAGGGGGGGGAAGUGUCCGGAAGGGGGGGAAAGUGUUCAGACUGGAAGGGGGUGAAAGUGUUCGGACUGUGGGAAGGGGGGGAAAGUGUCCGGACUGGAAGGGGAGGAAAGUAUCCGGACUGGAAGGGGGGGAAAGUGUCCGGACUGGAAGGGGGGGAAAGUGUCCGGACUGGAAGGGGGUGAAAGUGUUCGGACUGGAAGGGGGUGAAAGUGUCUGGACUGGAAGGGGGGGAAAGUGUCCGGACUGGAAGGGGAGGAAAGUAUCCGGACUGGAAGGGGGGGAAAGUGUCCGGACUGGAAGGGGGGGAAAGUGUCCGGACUGGAAGGGGAGGAAAGUAUCCGGACUGGAAGGGGGGGAAAGUGUCCGGACUGGAAGGGGGGGAAAGUGUCCGGACUGGAAGGGGGGGAAAGUGUCCGGACUGGAAGUGGUUAAAAGUCAGCAGCUAAAA